CUUCUUCUUCUUCUUCUUCUCUCGUCCUCGGCCGGGUGGGGAUGAUGUCGUGGGGCUGCUCCGGCCAGACGCUGGCCCUGGCCGUGCUGUCGGCGUGGUCGCUGGCCUCGCUGAUCACCAUCGUGGCGUGGGCGACCUCGCCCGACCUGAAGGGGGCGGCGCGUUGCCGCGGCGACCUGCGGGCGGCGGCCGUGCAGCUGGAGGGCCAGCGGGCGGUGUGGGGCGGCGAGCGCAGCCAGCUGGAGGGGGCGCUGCAGGCCGAGAGAGAGGCCCGGGAGAGGGCGGAGUCCCGGGCGGCGGCGCUGACGCUGGGGAUGGAGCGGCUCAACCAAUCGCUGGAGGAGUGCCGGGAAACAGAGGCGGCGCUGCGGCAGAACGUGAGCCUCCUAUUGGACGAGCGGGAGCAGCAGCGGCGGCAGCUAGCGAACCUCAGCGCGCACAUCGCCGCGCAGGACGAGCUGGUGGCGUACCUCGAACACAACGCCACGCAGGCGCUGAUGGCGGCGGCGGCGUGCGAGCGCCUGCGCACGGCGGAGCAGCACCAGGCGGCGGCGGCGCGCACGCAGACCGAGGCGUGCCGGGUGCACCAGGACUUCCUGCAGCGCCAGCUUGCGGUGUGCAAAGCUCCCGAGGCCGACGCCCCCCGGACGCAGCAGCAGGGGCCGCCGCCGAGCCCCACCCCCUCCCGGGCGGCUCCGCCCACCCUCUGGAGCCCCGCCCUGCUGGCGCUCGUCUGCGGAGUCCUCAGACUGCUGAACUGAGGCGGAGCCUGAAGGAGAAGGGGGCGUGGCCUCGAGUGACAUCACUACUGCUGUAACCAAACAAACAAACAAACCAAAAAAAAAUCAUUAGCUGAGAUUUUUAGCUUGCUCGCUUGUGUUAGCUUCCGGCAGGCUUAGCUAGCUAGCUGGCGGACACCUGCUAGCUAGCUAGCGUUGAAUGUAUUAGCUUGAAUUCACUUUUUUGCUAGCGCUAGCUUGUGUUAGCAUCAGUUAGCUGGUUAGAAUUUGCUGUGACUCCCUUGAUGUUAGCAUAGACAAGCGAAAAUUAGCUUAUAUUAGCUGGAGGAAGCUAACAUUAGCCUAAAGAAGCUAACGUUAGCUUUGAGUAGUUUGUUUUCCAGAUGCUAUGCAUUCACGUUAGCUCCUAUUAGCAUUUGUUAGCAUUUCAAGAGCUUUGUUUUAAGAAGCAUGCUGAAGGAUUGGUGGGCGGGGCUUGAGCGCGACCGGCCUCCUGAUUGGACAAUAAAAGUUUGUUUGCUGGAA